AUGGAGCAAUGCGAGGACCUGAUAUACCGAUUCAAGCGCUUCAAUGCCGACAAAAAGCUGAAUCUGAACUUCGUCCAGGAUCCGCCACCGUUGCCCGAAAGGGUAACUGAAGAGAUGGUGGAGGUGUACCUCGGGGAGGAUGCCGAAGUCGAUUCCUCGAGCGGCCCAGAAUCGGAUAGUGAGGAGGAAGAAAUGACUCCCCCUGCCGAGCCGUUGAGUGCCCGAGAUGAUGAGAGGCCGGCACUGCCUGCUCCUGCUACCGAGGCCGAUCCUCCAACUCCUUGA